UCGGCUUUGUGGUCAUCGACCUCGUUUGCGCUCCGUCGCUGCGCCGCCGCCAUGAUCCAGAGCCUCUUCAUCCUCACGUCCACGGGCGAGAUCAUCAUCGAGAAGCACUGGCGGGGCACGACGAACCGCCACGUGUGCGACUUCUUCGUCGACGAAGUCAACAAGUACAAGCUGCGCGAGGAGGUGCCUCCGAUCCUCAACACGAGCAAGCACUACUUCAUCAACGUCUACCGUGAAGGCCUCUUCGUCCUCGCCGUCAUUUCGCACGAGAUCAUGCCGUUGAUUGUCAUGGAGCUGCUGCACCGCGUCGUCUCGGUCUUCCGCGACUACUUUGGCACGUUUGACGAGAAUGCGAUCAAGGACAACUUUUCGACCGUCUACCAGCUCCUCGAAGAGAUGAUUGACAAUGGGUACCCGCUGACGACCGAGCCCAACGCGCUCAAGUCCAUGGUCGCGCCGCCGACGACCGUCAACCGCAUUGCCGCCAUCGUCUCGGGUCGGUCGCGCGUCAGCGACAUGCUGCCGGACGGCGCAAUCUCCAACAUUCCGUGGCGCAAGGCCGGUGUCAAGUACACCCAGAACGAAAUCUACUUUGACAUUGUCGAAGAGAUCGAUGCGAUCGUCGAUACUCAUGGCCAAAUGAUCUCGUGCGAAGUCAACGGCAUCAUCAACGGCCACAGCCGGCUCUCGGGCGUGCCGGACCUCACCAUGGUGUUUGUCGACCCGUCGGUCAUUGACGACUGCUCGUUCCACCCGUGCGUGCGCUACUCUCGCUACGAGCGCGAGCGCGUCGUGUCGUUCGUCCCGCCCGACGGGCAGUUUGAGCUCAUGCAAUACCGCGUACAAGUGCAGCAAAUGGUGCCGCCGAUCUACUGCCAGCCGCACAUCAAGUGGUCCGAGAAGGGUGUCGGCAUGCUCGAGCUCUCUCCUUCUUCUUUAACUAUUUGGCGAGUAGCCGAAGACAUUACGGUCGAAGUGACGUUUCCAAAGAGCGUGCGCACGGUCGACACCAACACGGAAGUCGGCAGUUGCCUCUACGAUGACUCGACCAAAACCAUCAAGUGGAACGUCGGCAAGCUCAACACCAAGAAGAACGUGGCGCCGACGCUCAAGGGCUCGGUGCUCUUGCAGCUUGGCGCAGCGAUUCCGGAUGAAAAGCCGAUUGUGCUUUUGGGCUUCAAGGUGCCGUUCACGACGGUGAGCGGGCUCACGGUCGAGACGCUCGUGCUCACAAACGAGUCGUACAAGCCGUACAAGGGCGUGCGCACGCUGACCAAGUCGGGCCGGUUCCAAAUUCGCAUGUAA